AUAUCACAUGCAACAUCCACAAAAAAUACACAUGCAUGCAUCCUGCAUUAAUGAAACCAAAAAAAAAAAAAAACAAGAAUCUCACAACAAUAUGAAACCAAAUCUCCAAUAACCAGCAUUAAACACACCCACAGUUUAUGCAAAAUUUGUUUUGUUUUUCAAUAGCCUUUAUGAAUCCCCACCUGUAAUUUCCAGCCUUCAUCCAUUCAUAUACAAAUCCCCAAUUCCCCUUUCCAUCCCUCACCACUGCAGCCAUGGCUUCUCUCUCCCCCUCCUCUCUCUCCCCUUACUACCACCUCAUCUUCACCGCCUUCGCCUUCCUCGUCUCCGGCCUCAUCUUCCUCCUCUCCCGCAAAUCCCCCUCCAAGCAGCUCCGCCUCCCCCCGGGCCCCCCCGGCUACCCCGUCGUCGGCAACCUCUUCCAAGUCGCCCGCUCCGGCAAGCCCUUCUUCCAAUACGUCCGCGAACUCAUCCCCAAAUACGGCCCCAUCGUAACCCUAAAAAUGGGGACCAGAACUAUGAUCAUCAUCAGCAGCGCCGAUUUGGUCUACGAGGCCUUGAAUUCGAAGGGGCAGGUCUUCGCCAGCCGCCCCCGGGAGAAUCCGACGCGCACGAUCUUCAGCUGCGACAAAUUCACCGUCAACGCCGCCCUCUACGGCGGCGUGUGGCGGUCCCUCCGCCGCAACAUGGUGCAGAACAUGCUCAGCGCCACCCGGCUGAAGGAAUUCCGAAACGCGCGUGAGCUGGCCAUGGAUCGCAUGAUCGAGCGGCUGAAAUCCGAGGCGGCGGAGAACGGCGGCGCCGUCUGGGUGCUGAAAAACGCGAGGUUCGCCGUCUUCUGCAUCCUCCUCUCGAUGUGCUUCGGGAUCGAAAUGGACGAGAAAUUGAUCGAGAAAGUUGAUGAAUUGAUGAAAGCCGUGCUCAUCGUGCUCGAUCCGAGGCUGGACGACUAUCUCCCGAUCCUAAGCCCGUUCUUCUCGAAGCAGAGGAAGAGGGUUUGGGAGGUUCGCAACGAGCAGAUCCAAACCCUCGUUCCUCUGAUCGAGAAGCGCCGCCGCGCGAUCCAGAGCCCCGGCUCGGAUCCCACGGCGGCCUCAUUUUCUUAUCUAGACACUCUCUUCGACUUGAAAGUCGAAGGGAGGAAGUCGGCUCCGAGCGACGCGGAGAUCGUGACGCUCUGCUCGGAGUUUCUCAACGGCGGGACCGACACCACCGCCACCGCCAUCGAGUGGGCGGUGGGGCGGAUGAUUGAGAACCCGGGGAUCCAGACCCGGAUCCGGGACGAGAUCCGGGCGACCGUCGGGGACCGGAAGGUCGACGAGAAGGACGUCGAGAAAAUGCCGUACCUAAACGCCGUCGUAAAGGAGCUCCUGCGGAAGCACCCGCCGACGUACUUCUCGUUGACCCACGCGGUGACCGAACCCGCGAAGUUGGCGGGUUACGACAUACCGACGGAUGCGAAUGUGGAGAAUUUUCUACCGGGUAUCUCGGACGACCCGAAGCUGUGGUCCGACCCGGAGAAGUUCGACCCGGACCGGUUCUUCCUCGGGCGGGAGGAGGCGGAUAUAACGGGCGUGAGCGGGGUGAAGAUGAUACCGUUUGGAAUGGGUCGGAGGAUUUGCCCCGGUUUGAAUAUGGCGACGGUGCAUGUGCAUUUGAUGCUGGCCCGGAUGGUGCAGGAAUUCGGGUGGGCGGGUUACCCGGAUGAGGGGAAAGUGGAUUUUAGUGAGAAGCUGGAGUUUACUGUGGUGAUGAAGAAUAGUUUGAGGGCUAAGAUCACACCGAGGGCAUAAUGGUAAUUUUGUUGGAUAGGUUUUGUUACGAAGCUAUUUGGUAAUUAUUUUGUUGUGUUUUUUUUUUUUUUUUUAAAGUUAUUUGAAUUUUGGAUUAGCUUUAUAUAUAUGUUUUACAGUUAAUUUGAUUGAUGGCCAACUUUGGUUGGUUUUAGUGUAGUAUAUAAAUAUUUAGAAGUUGCAAUUUCGGUCAUAUGUUUGUUUUAUGUUUGGUAACGUUAAUUAAAUAAGAACCACUUAAUUGCGUGUA